AUGUACCCAGAAAAGAACCCAAUUCUUUGCGAAACGUUUACAACGUACGCUCUGUGCGUCUCAAAGCUUGCACAAAAAAUCACAAAAAUAAUUCUUGCAAGCCUGGGAUUGGAUUCCAAGGCUUUCUACCGCUAUCAAUUUGAAAAAAGCGCAGCAGUAUUGCGUAUAAACGGUUAUAAACCGGCAAACAUGUCCAGUGAGGAGGAGAAGAUCCUCUCCCAUACAGAUAUGGGUUGCCUCACGAUUCUGUACCAAGAUGAUGUGGGAGGCCUUCAGAUUCGAUCUCAGGAGGGUGAGUGGUUUAACAUCAAACCCCUCUCUAAUGCAUUUGUGAUCAAUCUGGGUGACUCGUUUAAGGCAUGGAGUAAUGGUAGAUACCGCAGUGCAGAUCAUCGCGUUGUUUGUAGAGGUUGCCGAUACCGUAUAUCAAUUGCCUUUUUCACUGCUUUUCCAGAGGACAUGGAAAUCUGGGCGCCUGAGGAACUUGUGGACGACAAUAAUCCAAGGCGUUACAAGCCUUUCAUAUACUCGCAUUUCAGGGAUGAAGCUGUGAGAAAUAAAGAAGGUAAGGAAAAAGCUGCGGCUCUCGAACGAUUCGCCGAAAGGAACCCAAUUCUUUGCGAAACGUUGUCAACGUACGCUCUGUCCGUCUCAAAGCUUGCACAAAAAAUUACAAAAAUAAUUCUUGCAAGCCUAGGAUUGGAUUUCAAGGCUUUCUACCGCUAUCAAUUUGAAAAAUGCGCAUCAGUAUUGCGUAUAAACGGCUAUUCACCGGCAAACAUGUCCACUGAGGGUGAGGUGAUCCUCUCCCAUACAGAUUUGGGUUGCCUCACAAUCCUUUACCAAGAUGAUGUGGGAGGCCUUCAGAUUCGAUCUGAGGAGGGCGAGUUGUUCAACGUCAAACCUCUCCCUCAUGCAUUCGUGAUCAAUCUGGGUGACUCGUUUAAGGCAUGGUGUAACGGUAGAUACCGCAGUGCAGAUCAUCGCGUUGUUUCUAAAAUUUGUAGAUACCGUAUAUCAAUUGCCUUUUUCUCUGCUUUUCCAGAGGACAUGGAAAUCUGGGCGCCUGAGGAGCUUGUGGACGACGAUAAUCCAAGGCGUUACAAGCGUUUCAUAUACUCGCAUUUCAGGGAUGAAGCUGUAAGUAGUAAAGGAGAUAAAGCAAAAGCUACGGUCCUGGAACAAUUCGCGGGUAUCUAA